GACGCUCACUUUCGAAAAUAACAUGGUCACUUCCGGAUAACACACCACCUUCGUGCUCGCUGAAGAACUCAAGAUCUUGGACGAGAUGAGCUUCCUUUUGUGUAAUCAUGCUUCCGUGGCUGUGUCCUUCCCUUAGCGGAGGGCGUUCCUCCAAGACCUUCAAGCCGAAGAAAAACAUCCCUGAGGGCACCCACCAGUAUGACCUGAUGAAGCAGGCGGCGGCUACGCUGGGCAGCGGGAACCUGAGGCUGGCUGUCAUGCUGCCUGAGGGGGAGGACCUCAACGAGUGGGUGGCCGUCAACACGGUGGACUUCUUCAACCAGAUCAACAUGCUGUACGGCACCAUCACGGAGUUCUGCACGGAGGAGACGUGCUCGGUGAUGUCGGCGGGCCCCAAGUACGAGUACCACUGGGCAGACGGGCAGACGGUGAAGAAGCCCAUCAAGUGCUCUGCCCCCAAGUAUAUCGACUACCUCAUGACCUGGGUGCAAGACCAGCUGGAUGACGAGACCCUCUUCCCCUCCAAGAUCGGGGUGCCGUUCCCCAAGAACUUCUUUGCCAUUGCCAAGACGAUCUUGAAACGGCUGUUCCGGGUGUACGCCCACAUCUACCACCAGCACUUCUCGGAGGUGGUGCAGCUGGGCGAGGAGGCACACCUCAACACCUCCUUCAAGCACUUCAUCUUCUUCGUCCAAGAGUUUGGCCUCAUCGACCGCCGGGAGCUGGUGCCCCUGCAAGAGCUCAUCGAGAAGCUCACCACCAAGGACAGGGACAAAGACAGCAAUCCUUCCCGCUAACCCCGGUCGUCCCAGGCAGUGCCCGUGCGUCCCAGGAAUGUGUCCCAGCAAGCAGCAUGCCCAGGGGUUCCCGCCCUCCAUUGCUUUUGCCACCGUGAUUCUGAGCCCCGGUUUGCCUCGCUCCUAUUUUCGUUUGGCAGCCAAUUCGCGAGAGCGGCACGUGGCGAGGCGUCGGCCUCGCCACGUGCCGCAACAUCUCUCGCAGGGCGACGAAGGAUGCAAGGACAACGCCGCAAUGCGUCCUCCGGGAGCUGUUGUUAUCAUUAUUGUUUUAUUCCGCAAUAAGGUUGUCUUGGCUUUAGCCUCAAAGGGUGUUGGGAGGAGAUGCCCGAGUUUCAGACGCAGUUUUUCUAGUGCGGGCCAUUUGCAGCGCCCGCGUCCGCAAACGUGUCCGACCCUGGCAGCGUAAAGAGGAUCCAAUCUGGUUGGGUCCUUGGAUUAACAAUUGUGUCGGUCGAAUGAGUCAUUAUUUUCUGUCUAUUCGAUUUCGUUUUUUUUUGCCCGCAGCAUCGCAUCCGGCACGGAGUUCUUUGCAUAUGCGUAGGUUUUCACAGUUGCGUCGCAUGGCUAUUCCGAGAACUUGCCUGGACAAACUUGCUCCGGCUUCUGGUAAGCGAGAGCUGUGGCAGGCAAGACGAGAAAUCAAGCACAACUACAGCUGGAAGCAGCACUUUUAAUCACCACACGUGCUCUUAAGGAGGACCCUUCAAGCACACCUUGUGAUAUCCUUUUUCUAUGCGGAUUAGACUCAACUUUGGCUGCCAACGAUCGGUCGCUACUGCUCAUUUUUAUAGCUGCAGGAUGCAUCUGAUUUCUGGAUGUCAUCCGACCAGACUUGCGAUAACGUUGCAGCAGUACUGGCUUCCGUUUAGUGUGAUUAGGUCUGAUCCUGACUCCCUGUCUGCGACAUAUAUAAACAUAACCAGAUAAUGGAAGACUGCGCGUCAUUUGAGACUUUUCUUGUCAUUUGGGUCAUUUAUUUUGUCAUAUUUUGAGACGGACGCUAAGGUGUAAAGGAACUUUCACAUACAUUAGAACACUACACAGCUGAUUUUUUCGUUUAAUCCCUCAUUGAGAGCAGAUAAUAAAUUAUAUAGAUAUUAAUGGGCAAUCAUGGAAGACUCUAGCAUCCCACUUGGCACUGAAAUACUUUCCUCAGAGAGCACUAGAUGCAAGAUUUAGAAGCAAACGUAGUGCACCCCAGCUGAUUUAUUGUGCCCCUAUGACACCCUGCACGAAGUGACCUUAUACGAAUGGAAACGUCUGGCAGCAUUGGUUGGUCAUUGCGAACGUGCUCGAGAGACGGAAGUUGUGCGCGUCGAGGAAACUUGGCUCGCGAUGAUGGGACAAGGAAAGACUUCAGUGUUUCCAGAGGCGGAAACCACUGCUUUUUAUACUGGUACGGUUCCGCGAAGGCAAGCGGCUACUUCCUUUUGUACUGCUCGGGAGUUUGUACACUGUAAAAUGCAGCAAAAUCGCGCGUCACAGAUUUUUUUAAACAGGGACAUAAUUUAUGGCUCGGUUUGCUGACGUGCACGAAAGCAGGGAUUGGUGAUGCGCGAGUGUUCUUCGUGUCAAAACCACCGACAUGGAACCCUAGAAUGUAAAUAAAUUAUUUGAUCUACA